GUGCAGAAGGGCACCUUCUCCAGUGAGGUUAAGACAAGAGGGCGGAUGAGAGUUGGAACAAGUGUGUAGCCUCGUUAAAGACUUGGGUGUAAUGAUGAUGGGAGCAAUACAAGGCCAAGAGAAGCACCGUUUGACAGAGCAAAACUUGCAAGACAAAGUUUAUCAAGAUACUGAAGAACUGCUAUCUACAACGCUCAGUAUGAUUGGGUCUGAGUAGCCAUAACAACUCCUUUGGUGUAAAAUGUGGUAGAAGCUGUCCCAGUACCAAGGUUUGAUUUAAAGCUAAGCAGUCAUCAUAUUAAGUUUUAAACUUGGUUUAUGCUCCAAAUUAACAAAGGAAGUGAUGCGAACAAGUAAAUCAAGAAAAUUUGUGACAGACCCAACGAUGUAAGGGUAGAAAGUACCUAAAGUCAAAGAUAAAAAGGAAUCUAGGUAAAGAAAUGUUUUGAAGUGCCCGAUUGAGUGCUGAGCUAGGAAGUACAGAAGCUUGUGCUAGAAAAAAUGCCGUAACCAGUAGGCCUACUAGGCUGAGAAGUAUCCAAACUAUCACAAAGUUAGGUGCUUCUGUCGGUGCUAGGCUUGGAUGUGCCUCAGUCAACACUAGGCUUGAAUGUGCCUCAGUCAACACUAGGCUUGGAUGUGCCUCAGUCAACACUAGGCUUGGAUGUGCCUCAGUCAACACUAGGCUUGGAUGUGCCUCAGUCAACACUAGGCUUGGAUGUGCUUCAGUCAACACUAGGCUUGGAUGUGCCUCAGUCAACACUAGGCUUGGAUGUGCCUCAGUCAACACUAGGCUUGGAUGUGCCUCAGUCAACACUAGGCUUGGAUGUGCCUCAGUCAACACUAGGCUUGGAUGUGCCUCAGUCAACACUAGGCUUGGAUGUGCCUCAGUCAACACUAGGCUUGGAUGAGCCUCAGUCAACACUAGGCUUGGAUGUGCCUCAGUCAACACUAGGCUUGGAUGUGCCUCAGUCAACACUAGGCUUGGAUUUGCCUCAGCCAGCUCUAGGCAAGAAAGUUUUCGGUGUGAUGCUACCUUCAAAUCGCCAUUACCACUGGCCGCGUCUACGUCAUCACAGGGACACAACCUCCUACUGCAGUUGAUGAUUGUUGACUUCACUUGUGUGUACCCUCUCCUCCCUCUUCACACCCCACUCUUAACUUUUUCUUCCGUUUAGUCUGCCAGGAGUUAUAAAGGUCUUGUCUUCCAAACUAUCUCGUGCAUUCAAUUCCUAAUAUUUAAACUUACAUUCACGUAAUUGAUCAACUUUUGCACCGUCUCUGCACUCUUGUUAACUAUACUAACAUCCAGACAAUCCUGUUAGUAUAAUUCUGAGUGAACUAACACAAACAUAUCAUAAUCCCCACAUGGCCGCCCAAGAUUUAAUACUAACAUGUGAUGCUCCUUCACUAAACCGUCCUUCCACAACGUAUACAAAAGCAAAUAUAUAAUUCAUAACAAAUAUUUCUAUACAUCCCAUUACUUUAUCAUUAAGUGUUGAUUUCGACAUAUUUUGUUACAGUAAACAUUCAUAAAUUAUGUUUGUAUGUGUUCACAUUCGGUGGCUGUAAGAGCACUGUUUUUGUUGUAUUUCUGUUUUAUUUAUGUUCUACCUAUAUUACCUGUUAUUGCAUGUUCUGUUAUAGCAAGAUUAUACUUUUGUUUUGGCUGCAGUAGUGUACAUCCUAAGUCUCCAACGCUUUACUUUCGCAGUUUCAGUUAAUUGGUUUUACUACUCUGCAUGUUCCCCUAGUCACCGAGAACACAACCAAUCCCACCAAAUUUCACACUUAUAUACUCACCUGUCCUGGUGAGGCUUAUUUCCAACACAAGGAGUGUGGACAGAUUCAUGUCGCAAGUAAGAGUAAUUUACAAGAACAACAUCAGCUGUUGCCACAGAAAUAGAAGUAACAUCAGCAGAACCACAAGUGACAUCAGCAGAACCACAGGUGACAUCAGCAGAAGCCCAAGUAACAAAAGCAGAAGCCCAAGUAAUCACACACUCACACAUUUCCUCCCCCCCCCCCCAAACACACACACACUCCCUCCCUAUUCCUCCACAGAAGCCCAAAGAAUACCAGCAGAAGCCCAAGUAACACCAGCAGAAGCCCAAGUAACACCAGCAGAAGCCCAAGUAACAUCAGCAAAAGCCCUGAUAACAUUAGCAGAGGGAGGAAGCUUCAACACUGCAGAAAGGUUUAACCGGAGCACACACAGGUGGGAGGGCGUGAGGCGAGAGUGAUGGUGCGUGAAGUGUCGAUGAGGGUGAUCCUGGUGGUGCUGGCCAUCCCCACUCUAGUAUGCUACCUCCUGCUGGUCGACGACACCACCCACCACCUCCACCCAUUACCAACAGAGUACGCAUCACGCUCUCCCCCCACGGUGGGUUCCUGUGCUCGGUGUGGCCUCAACUUCCCCGUGGUGAGUGACACACCAAUAGAGGACCCCGAGGACUUCUGGUGGGCUGACUGGGAGGAGGUCCAGGGCAGCAGACGAGCAGCUCUGCACUUCGCGUGUUUCCAUGUCAAGAAUGCAAAGGUCAAGUCUUUCACAAAGCUGUUGAAUUUCCGCAAAUACCUGUACAACUUGAUACUGGAUGACAGACACAGAGCAAUCUACUGUUAUGUUCCCAAGGUGGCAUGCACGAACUGGAAGCGAAUGAUGAUGAUCUUGUCUGGACGGACGAACGAAACCAACCCUCUCAACAUCAGUUCCAGCAUUCCCCAUGAAGAGGGUGUGCUAACGAGGCUAUCAGGGUCACGCAUGAAGUCUUCACUGCUGAACUAUAAGCUGAGAACAUACACAAAAUUUCUCAUUGUACGGCAUCCAAUGGAGAGAUUAGUGUCUGCGUAUAGAAAUAAAUUGGUUAUAAACUCCACCUCUGCUGCAGAUUUUAAAAGAAGGUAUGGUAUGAUGAUCAUGAAGAAAUAUCGUAAGGGAGCAAGCACCUUGAAUAUAACAAAAAAUGGACAUGGUGUGACAUUUGCAGAAUUUGUCUCCUAUUUAACAGAUACUGGUACAAGACAGGAUAACUUUGAGACCCUCAAUGAACACUGGGCACCGUAUGUUGACCUGUGUCACCCCUGUACUAUCAAAUAUAACAUAAUUGGGAAAUAUGAAACAUUGGAGGAAGAUUCUGAGUACAUCCUAAGGAAGAUUCAUGCUCCUCAUGAUUUGCACUUCCCUCCUGUAGUGGCAUCACGUACAGCAGCCUUAGUGGCCGAGCAUAUGGCUUCCCUAACACCACAGCUUAGCAGGAAGCUCUAUGAGCUUUACAAGCAUGAUUUCAGGCUCUUUGAAUAUGAUUAUUCAAACUUGUAGCUUAACAUUGUUUGUCAAAACAUUCCAUGGUACUGUAUGAUAGCAGAAAUUUAAGAAAAUAUUGCCUUCUAAACAUUGUAGUUGAUAACAUCAUAAUUGGUUGAAUAUAAUUUUAAAUACCAUUACUAUCUUAUUUUCAUAUUCAUUAAAUAAGAAAUUAAAUUAAAAUUAUAUAUACUGUACUGUAUAUAUACUAUCUUGGAAAUUAAUGGCAAAAACAUUGCUCAAUAUUAAUAAACCAAUAAUACCUGGCCAGCAAGUUGUACACUACUACUAAUCACUUUAAAACCCCUUUAGUGACAACAGUUAUACAGUUACCUUGCAAUCAAUCAAUCAAUUCAGUAACACCUGAUGCACUGAGACACUAGUGUUAUGUAUGUAUACAUUGCAGACACAGAACAUAGCUUCCAAUGGAGCUCUGAUUAUUUUUGCAAAAGGAGUCAAGGAUCAAUUAAAAGCUAAUGAGAGAUUUACAAACUACAAAGUAAUGUACAAUAUAGACUGAAAUCUUCUAAAACAAAAGGAUACACAAGAAUAGAUA